ACGUUGAUUUCACAGGGCUUUUUGUGUUUAAUUUAAGUAUUGGUAUCACAUAUUUUAAAAUGUCCAUUUAGAUUCUUAUUAAUUUAAGUAAAUAGUAUUGCUUUUCAUUAAUAAUUACAAUGGGUUUCUAUUACAAAUUGCUGACAAACCGACCUCAUAUACUGAUUCUCGCAGUAAUUCUGUUCAGUGGUAGUUGUAUUAUUGCUGGAUAUACUUUUAACAAACUGCCAGAUUUUUCCGAUCCAACAAUAGGGUUUGAAUCUAGGGGUACAAUAAUUGGGGAAAAAUUGACUGCUUGGAAAAACCUCUUAUCGGACAAUAAACUCCUUGUAGCCAAUCCUAAGGAGUUACUUUUAGCCGCUGAAAUUGAGAAAAUUAAUAAUAAGCAAUUACAAAGGCGUAAGAAUAUAAACCAACUAAAAUUAAACAAAAUACAAAACAAAUAUCAAUUAAACCAAUCGCAAAUCAAAAAUGAUGAAAAUUUUAUAAACAUUGAAAGGAGAGAUCGAACGAAAUAUGUUAAGAACUCUUCGAUUUUGACACAUGAUCAAAAUGAAAAUGUCUUAGGAAAUGAAGAAAAGUUGCAUGGUCAGUUUAAAAAAAAACUAGUUAAUAAACCGGAUAAGAUUGAAGGAUUCUUUUGUGACUCACCAAGAUUUGAAUAUGCACAUUUUGUUAUCAAAAAAAGAAAUCAAGGAAAAAAUUCAUCUUUACUGAACAUUGAAGACUUUUUGGCUAUUUGUGAUAUGGAACAACGUUUGACGAUGGUUAAAGGCUUUGACUUUAUAUGUGAAAGAAAAAUUACAUCGCAGAAAUGUUGUCGGGCUUGGAGCUUUCCAAAUUACAUAAGUUUAUUAGCGGGAAAAAAUAAUUGUUUUGAAUUAAAUGAUACUGAUAUCAGAAUGAUUAAACAGUUAAUAGUGAAAUGUUUCCCAUAUUAUCAAUCAUUAAAAUUAAAUAGAAAUUGCGCCGAGUCGAAAUGUCAGGUUCCUGAAAACUGUACAACACAUAACGCCGUUUUUAAUAUUUUUCAUUUUUUAAGUAAUUUUGACCUCAUCAAAGAUUCAUCAGCUUUCUUGAAAGAAACGAUUAUUUUUCUUCCGAUCGCCAAAAGCUCAAAGGCUUUAACGUUUUACGAAAAUAUAGAUAAAAGUAUACUAAAUAAUGGAAGAGUAGAAAUUGUUGGUAUGGAUUUAGGGUUGAAAAAUAUAUUAUUUGAUAAAUAUUUGGUUGAAGAUGCAUUCCUAAUUGUUGGAGGUGCUUUAUUCGUAAUUAUUUGUAUGUGGCUCUAUACAUCGUCACUUUUUAUAACAACGAUGACAAUAGCUGCAAUUUUUUUCUCCCUCGGGAUUUCGUAUUUUCUAUACACGUUGGUUUUUAAAAUAAAUUUCUUUCCCUUUAUGAACGUGAUGGCAGUAGUUAUAAUUAUUGGAAUUGGUGCAGAUGAUGCAUUUAUUUUUAUGAAAAUAUGGAACACUUCACUGUCAGACUAUACGACACAUUCACAGACAAAAAAUUUACAAGUGUACUUAACAUUAUGCAAAACUUUAGAACAUGCUGGUGUUUCUAUGUUUGUAACAUCUUUUACAACAUCAGCUGCAUUUUUUGCUUCAAUCAUCAGUUCAAUUACGGCUAUAAGGUGUUUCGGAAUUUUUGCAGGAACACUAGUGCUAGUGAAUUACUUUUUAAUGAUGACAUGGUUACCUGCAAUCGUUUCAAUCAGAGGAAAAACUAAUUUAGAAUUCAGGCUUUUUAAAUUUAAAAACAUUUGGAGACCCACUUUAAAAUUGAUUCAAUGCUUAGAAAACAAUAUCAUCAAACUCGUAAAUAUGUAUUCCAUUUUCACAAUAAUUUGCUUGAGUAUUAUUGGAAUCUAUAGCAGUUUUGUAGUUCUUUGUAAACCACAACUUCAACUUCCAGACACUGUGGAUUUUAAACUAUUCGUAAAAGAGCAUCCGUUUGAAAUGUAUGAUACAAAAUAUAAAAAUCGAUUUUGGUUUGAACGAGUGCAUUCAGUAAUUAUAAAAUCCGGGAUUUUGUCAAAUUCUAAUUAUAAAUUGCCAUUAAGAUUUGUAUGGGGUGUGUUGCCUUUUGAUAGCGGAAAUUAUUUGGAUCCUCUAUCGAGAGGUAAUUUACAACUAGAUGAUACAUUCAAUAUAUCAUCACCUGAUUCCCAAGUGUGGCUAUUAGGUUUUUGUAAAAUAUUAAAAGAACAAAGCUUUUAUUUAUCAAGUAACGGAGCCCUCCUGCAAAAUUGUUUUAUUGAAAAUUUAAUAACUUGGAUGUCAAGAAGAUGUAUGGAUGAAAUGACUAAUGUUAAUAGAUAUCCUUGUUGUGAAAAAUCUGUUUUCCCGUAUAGUGCUGAAGUAUUUGAUAUUUGUCUUCAAGAAUCGAUCUCAUCACUGUACGAAACACCAAGGAAAUAUUUUGUUCCUGGUGUUGCAGGACCUAAAUUUUCUCGUAGGAACAUGUCAAGCAGGAACAACAACAGAGUAAUUUUUCCUGUAAAGUCGAUUGUUAUUGAAUAUGAGAGUUCACAAGAUUUUACGAUGUCCUAUAUUGAAAUGUCAGAGUUUGUAAACAAUGUCAAUCUUUGGUUUACAAAAACCCUACUAACAGCGCCCAAGGGACUUAAAAAUGGAUGGUUUACGAGUGAUUUGGAAUUUUAUGAUUUGCAAGACUCAUUAGCAAGAGGAACCUUAUUGUCAAUCAUAGUAUCAAUAGGAGUAGCAUUGAUAGUUUUGUUUGUAGUCACCCUUAACUUACUCAUAAGUUUUUACGCUAUUUUAACAAUAUCAUUCACUAUUUUUACAUCGAUUGCAGUUCUUGUGUUACUAGGUUGGAAACUAAAUGUAUUAGAAAGUGUUGCAGUUAGUACCGUUAUUGGAUUAUCUAUAGAUUUUAGUUUACAUUAUGGGGUUCAUUAUAAAUUAUGCAAUGAGCCAAAUAGACAGUCCGCUACGCAGUUUUCAUUAUCACGUAUGAUAAGACCAACUUUAAUGGCUGCUUUGACUACCAUUGUCGCAGGAACAUUUAUGGUUUUUUCAAGUGUACUCGCUUACAUCCAAAUUGGAGUAUUUUUGAUUGUAGUGAUGACAAUCAGUUGGAUUUACUCAACAUUUUUUUUAAUGAGUUUAUUACGUUUAUUCGGCCCACAAAAUAAUUUUGGACAAAUCAAGUCUUCCAUUAUUUUUUGUAAAAAUCAUCAUAAAAAAACAGUAACCAAACGCUUAGAUAUUGAUUCUGAUAGGCAAAAACAAAACGAAAAUUUGAUUUCAAUCUCAGAGGUUUGACAAAAAAAAGUUCAAUAUUCCAUUAAUUAAUAAAUAUGUAUUUUAAUUUAAUGUAAUCUACAUUACAAACUGCUAUCGUUUAAGUUAGAGACAUUUAUAAAUAAAACAAAUUUUGUAAAAAAUAGUGUUUUUUUUAAGCUAGGCUAUGGUAGAAAAGAGUCAUGUAAUAAAACUGUAAUGAUUUAACGCAUAUUAACUCAAGUGAAAAGUUGUAUUUUUUCGUAUAAUUGAACGAAAAUGAUGAUCCUACGUUAAGCAAAGAUGAAAAACCGAUUCAGUCUCAAUCGGUCACCAGCGUUGAAGAAUUUUUGGGCAUGUUGACAUGGCUCAAACUGGGAUUUGGUCAAUUUUCAAGGAUUGGAAACUCGUUUUACAACUCAGCAAUACAAACAACGAGUGCCUGGAUACAAAAGAUCAACAGCUGGUUUUAUAAUUAAGGAUUAAUUCAAAGAUAUGUUAAUUUAAUUAGGCUUAAAGCGUGGGGGAGUGUUAUGAAUGACCCCUUUAACCCCAAUCAAUAUUUAAUUUACAUUGUCAUAAAUGUAUUAAGUCUCUUUCUCUUUUCCUAAAAACUCUCGUAGAGAUAAGACGUAUUAAAAUAAAUAUUAUUAAUUAUAUUGAGA